AUGGAUGCUGCUACGGCUCCGCACCGCAUCCCCCCGGAAAUGCCUGCGUACGGGGAGACGAACCACAUCUUCGAAAUGAUGCAGGUCAUGCUGGAGCAACUCUUGAUUUACCAGCCCAAGGAACCUAUCACCUUCAUGAUCUGCCACUUGCAGCGUAACAAUGAUAAUGUACCGAAGAUUGUAAUAUUAGGCCCACCUGCCUCCGGGAAAACAACUAUAGCAAUGUGGUUGUGUAAACAUUUGAACAGCAACCUCCUUACUCUGGAGAACUUGAUAACAAAAGAGGCUUCCAUUCUGGCUGCUGAAGCCACACAGCAUUAUGAGAAAUACAAGACAGUUCCCGACACGGUGCUGGUUAAACUGAUUCAGGAGCGCCUGAAUGAUGAAGACUGCAUCAAGCGGGGUUGGAUUCUGGAUGGUAUCCCAGAAACAAGGGAGCAGACCUUGAUGACCCAGACCCUCGGGAUCAGCCCCAGGCAUGUUAUUGUGCUGAGCGCUCCAGACACAGUUCUGAUUGAGAGGAAUGUGGGGAAAAGAAUCGACCCUCAGACUGGAGAAAUUUACCAUACCACCUUUGAUUGGCCCUCGAAAUCAGAAAUCCAGAACCGACUGAUAGCCCCAGCGGAUAUCUCAGAGCUGGACACAGCUCGGAAAUUGCUGGUAUAUCACAGGAACAUUGUCAAGAUCAUGCCUUCUUAUCCCAAGAUCCUCAAAGUCAUCAGUUCUGACCAGCCAUGUGUGGAUGUCUUCUACCAGGCUCUGACCUAUGUUCAAACCAACCAUCGAUCCAAUGCCCCAUUCACGCCAAGGGUGUUGCUCUGUGGACCUGUCGGCAGUGGAAAAAGUCUGCAGGCCGCCCUGUUGGCCCAGAAAUAUGGCCUUAUCAAUGUCUGCUGUGGGAAACUGCUGAAAGAGGCUGUGGCAGCGAAGUCAGGAUACAGCAACCUCAUCCAGCCCUAUUUUGAAAAAAAGAUGGCAGUCCCCAACGACAUCAUCUUGAAGAUCCUGACCAAACGCCUGAGCCAGCAGGACUGCAUUCAGAAAGGCUGGGUGCUACAUGGCUACCCGAGGGACCUGGACCAAGCAAUGCUGCUGGAAAACCAAGGACACAAGCCCAACAGGGUAUUUUUCCUGAAUGUACCAUUAGAUUCUGUCAUUGAGCGACUAACCCUGAGAAGAACCGAUCCUGUCACAGGAGAAAGGUAUCACCUCAUGUACAAGCCACCCCCAACCAUAGAGAUCCAGGCUCGGCUCCUGCAGAACCCAAAGGAUGCUGAAGAGCUGGUCAAACUCAAAAUGGAUCUUUUCUACCGGAACUCUGCUGAGCUGGAGGACCACUAUACACAUGCCAUCACCAUCAAUGGGGACCAGGACCCCUACACUGUCUUUGAAUACAUAGAGAGUGGGAUCAUUAAUCCCCUGCCCACGAAAGUCUGCUGA